AUGCUUUUGGGGUCCUGUGCCCGUUAUGCUCCGUCCAUUGCGGCGGUGUCGGGCGGAAGUUGGAGACUUCUGUUGCCGUGCCGUCUGCUUCGAAGAAAUGUGUCGCAUUCAUUUUUUCUCACUGGCACCAGAUGUUUUUGUGUCGUGUGCCACACAUUUCCGCGACUCCAACGGCUGAAUGGUGAUACGAAUGCCGGGGCCGUCGCGGCGACGACAACGGCGACGACGAUGACGAGGAGGAGGAGGGGGAGGAGGAAGAGGGCAGAGGGGGAGGUAGACGGGGAAGGGGUGGAUAUCGACAUGGAACUCGAACCGGUAGAUUUGGGGAAGUUGGCACUUCCCCUGCACUUGAUGGAGACGAUCCCACCUGACGUCAUCGCCAACAUUGUGGCAAAGGACAAGACAAUUGUUUUCUCGCCCCAUCGGAAGAAGCAUGAUGUGAUGCGUCGAAUCACGCGGAUGAAAUACCGGUACAGCGUCCAACCCCUGGGAAAGGUUUUUCACUUUUGCUUUUUUUCUCCAACCGGCACCACCAGCAACGGAGCGGUGCGGAAAAUCACGCCAGAGGACUUUCAGAGGGUUAAAGAUAAACUGCGGAUGUUGACAAGAUUCAUCAUCGUGGACAAGCGUUGGCCGCUGGAGGUGUCAGUGGAGGUCACUCCAAUCAUCGAGCGCGCACCCUCCGAGAAUAACUCGCUGGUGGAUGUGGCGAACAUGUUGAGCCGCACUUUGGCGGAUGAACUUCGCAUUGGGGCGUGGUGCGGCAUCUCCUCCACGCCGGUUCUUGCCAAAAUGGCAUGUGAAGCAAGUCGAAAUCAACCUCCACUACGCCCAGCAGCUUUGGCUUCAGGAGGUAUUUUGAGCUUAAAGCAUUAUGACCUCCCAACUCAUGAGUCUUUAAAGGAAUUUUUGGCGGAUGUUCCCCUUAGUGACAUUCCCGUUUUGGGAAAAGCACAAGUUGAACUGUUAAAGAGUGUCUACGGCAUCAAAAAGUGUGGCGAUAUAUCGGCGCAGGAGGAUCGUAUGGGUUUCAGUUUGGCUCCGGCGACUAUGGAUUUUUUCCUCUCCAUUGCCUAUGGUGCCAUACGGCUAGAGAAUGAGAUAGGCAUAACGCUUCGGCAGAAGGGAACGCGGUGCAAGGCCGCCCAAAUCCGCCGGGAAUCACAGUACGGCCGUAUUGUAUCCGAGGAACAAUUCAUUAAUACCGUCUUGACGAUUUUUGACUCCGUACACAAGGAUCUUCUUCUUCACGACUUUGUAACCGGCCGUGUUUCCAUCGACACACGGCGAACAGUUCCACGUGUCUUUUGGGUCACGGAGGAGUACGAAGAAAUCACCCCCCGCACCAACAACCGCGAAAUACUGCGAGAGACGACGCUGCGGCUUGCCAAGCGGUUUGCUCCGCGGCGCACGAAGGAAUUUCUAGAUGUCUACAUUGUCUCCAUCCAUUUUAGCGAAAUACGGACGUGGGAUGAGGAAUACGGGGGUGCAUCCAUCACCCACGGUAACAUAAGAAGAAGGCGUCGCAGUGGGAAAAAAUUUCCUUCCGGAGGUCCGGGGGAGAAAGAUAAAGUAGGAAUUAAAAACUCGUUGAUGCAAUGGAAUGAGCCCAUUAUGCCUCGAGGCAUCACAGUUGUGAUGUAA